GGAAAGCUGCGCAGUUAGUGGUGACCGCUGCACGAAGUUACUAGUGUUUAGUGUGAAGGAGGGGAAGUGUCAGAGAUGUCUGCCAACGCUCCAGCUGUGGGAAUUGACUUGGGCACCACAUACUCCUGUGUAGGUGUGUUCCAGCACGGCAAAGUCGAAAUCAUUGCUAACGAACAGGGCAACCGAACCACCCCAAGUUAUGUGGCUUUUACCGACACCGAACGUCUGAUUGGGGACGCGGCCAAAAACCAAGUGGCCUUAAACCCGGCUAACACUAUAUUCGAUGCCAAACGGCUGAUCGGGCGCAGGUUCGAUGACCCCACGGUGCAGGCUGACAUGAAGCACUGGCCAUUCACUGUGGUAAGCGAUGGGGGCAAGCCCAAAGUGAAGGUGGAGUUCAAAGGCGAGAAUAAGACGUUCUUCCCUGAGGAGAUCUCUUCUAUGGUGCUAAGCAAAAUGAAGGAGGUGGCCGAGGCAUACCUAGGUGUCAAAGUGCCCAACGCGGUCAUCACGGUGCCGGCUUACUUCAAUGACUCCCAGCGACAGGCUACGAAAGACGCGGGCGUUAUCUCUGGGAUCAAUGUGCUGCGGAUCAUUAACGAGCCCACGGCGGCCGCCAUCGCCUACGGACUGGACAAGAAGGGCGCCGGGCACGGCGAGACCAAUGUGCUCAUCUUCGACCUGGGCGGGGGCACUUUCGAUGUGUCGGUGCUCACCAUAGACGGUGGGAUAUUCGAGGUGAAAUCCACUGCCGGCGACACGCACUUGGGUGGGGAGGAUUUUGACAACCGCAUGGUGGCGCACUUUGUGGAGGAGUUUAAGCGCAAGAACAAGAAGGACAUCAGCGGCAACAAGCGGGCAGUGAGGCGCCUGAGGACCGCAUGUGAGAGGGCCAAGCGCACCCUCUCCUCCAGCACCCAGGCCAGCCUGGAGAUAGACUCCCUGUACGAGGGGGCGGACUUCUACACGGCCAUCACCCGGGCGCGCUUCGAGGAGCUGUGCGCGGAUCUGUUCCGCGGGACCCUGGAGCCGGUGGAGAAGGCGCUGCGGGACGCAAAGCUGGACAAGGCGCAAAUCCGUGAGAUCGUCUUAGUGGGCGGCUCUACUCGCAUCCCGAAGGUCCAGAAACUCCUGCAGGACUUUUUUAACGGCCGAGAGCUGAAUAAGAGCAUCAAUCCCGACGAGGCGGUGGCUUAUGGUGCUGCGGUGCAAGCGGCAAUUCUAUCCGGGGACAAGUCGCACAAUGUGCAGGACCUGCUGCUGCUCGAUGUCGCACCCCUAUCCCUGGGCAUUGAGACUGCUGGGGGAGUAAUGACGGCGCUCAUUAAGAGGAACACCACUAUCCCCAGCAAGCAGACCCAGACAUUCACCACCUACUCGGACAAUCAGAGCAGCGUGCUGGUGCAGGUGUAUGAGGGCGAGAGGGCCAUGACUCGGGACAACAACCUGCUGGGCAAGUUCGAUCUGACCGGCAUCCCCCCGGCACCCAGAGGAGUUCCCCAGAUAGAGGUGACCUUUGAUAUUGAUGCUAACGGCAUCCUUAACGUGACAGCAGCUGACAAAAGUACAGGGAAAGAAAACAAGAUCACAAUCACAAAUGACAAGGGUCGGCUUAGCAAAGAGGAUAUUGAACGUAUGGUAAAUGAUGCUGAGAAAUAUAAGGCUGAAGAUGAGCUCAACCGGGACAGAGUAGCAGCCAAAAAUGGUCUUGAGUCAUAUGCUUACCAUAUAAAGCAAACCGCUGAAGAUGAAAAGCUGAAAGGCAAAUUGAGCGAAAAAGAGAAAUCUCAGAUUCUGGACAAGUGUAAAGAGGUAAUUGAUUGGUUGGAGAAGAACCAGAUGGCUGAGAAAGAUGAGUUUGAGCAUAAGCAGAAAGAGCUGGAAAAAGUCUGCAAUCCAAUCAUAACCAAGUUGUAUCAGGGUGGUGCGCCUAACCCUGGCACUGCGGGAGGACCCACCAUUGAAGAAGUCGAUUAGAUACGUGCGAUAGAGUUAAUAGUAAUACAUUUAUAUGAUUACAUCUGUUCUUAAACUUUGUUUAACAAAUGUCAUCUAAUUAGUUGCAUUUUGGUUUAUGUGUCAUUUAGGUUUAGCAUUAUUUAUGUUGGUGGUGAUAGAGCUGCUAAAAGUCUGUACUUGGUUCUGGAUAUUUGAGAAGGAAAGGUAUAAUUGCUUGGGGGGGGGGUGGGGGGCGGUACCAACUGUCAAACACCCCCAGUGACUAUAAUUGAUUACUGGGCUGUAAAGAAGGUCAGUGGUGGUGUAGUACUCCUACAAAAUUACCUUAGACAUGCAGUUUUCAGUAAACAGGAGCACAAGCCCAGGGCCUAUUAUGGCACCCCCGGUGACUAUAACUUUCCUUCUCGCAUAUUUUGAUUUGCUCAUCCAUCCAUUAAAGGUCACUGAACCCAUAUGAGAUAAAAAUAUGGAAGACUAAUAAACAUGUAAAGAUUUUACCAUUAAUAUUACAGCAUUCCCUUUUUUUUUAAAUCCAUUUGUAUCAGAGAUUGCAUGAGUGAUUUAGGUUCUUUUCCUUAGAGUUAAGGUUUACAUACUUGGUACAGUAGAAUUAUAAUUCCAUUUUGUAGUUUCCAUGGUUUGGAAAAAACUUAAUUACAAAUAACAGUUAUGCCAUAAAUGAGACUAGUAGACUAGUUAUAGGCCUUCGCCUAGUCACUUAGAAAACAUGCACUUGUCUUGCAGUCUGGUCAUUCUCACUGACUAGAUUUAGUUUUGCCUGACAGCUCUAGCCAAGAUUAUACAUAAGUAAUAUUGCUACUGUGAAAUAAAAAAUUAAUAAUAUAAGUCAACUAAUAUGAAACUAAUAUGAAAGGAGGCUGAAUAUCAGUUAAGGUGAUACCUAAGCCUUAUAGCAGCACUUAAUUGCAACCCCCCCCCCCCGAACAUACAAAAGGGUUGUUAUGUCUAUGCAGUAUCUACACCUUCAAACCAAGAUUAUAUAAAUCCCUGCUCUUUAUUUGAUGUUUUAUAUUGAUAUACAACAGCUACAUCUAUAACAAUGUUUACAUUACAACUGUUGACUUCCUGUCUAUAUUAGUGAGAUGAACAAAAGGCAGCCUCUGCAGUCAUUUGUCAUUGGCCCUUAAAAUAUAUACAGCUAUAUAAUAUACAAGUGUAGGUAUAAACAAGUAAAUUAUAUACCUGUAUCUUAUAGAAAUUUCACCUGCAUAUGCAUGCACAGUCACAUACUGCCCUUCUCUGAUUUGCUUUUUUUAAAUCAGAAAUAUUGUGAGUGGUGUAAGCAAAAAGCUACUUUAAAUAGAUUACUGUUCAGGCCAAAUUGUGAUUCUACAUACUGAGUACUACAUCUGAUGCAAUGGACAAAUAGCAUAUUAUGCACAGUAUCUAGCUUAUAGACUCUCUCACCAACACGUUCUUUAGAGUAUUUGUUGCUGCAGAACUGGAGUUUACUAGCAUAACAAAAGCUAUGUUAUGAAAAAAGUUUUAUGGGUGUUUUAAACUUUUUUUGUCUUUGCCCCACACAGUAACAAAGUAACUAAACUAGCCUUAUUCUUCUUUAUUGGGACACUGAAUUGCUGCAGGCAGUUUAACAUGGCGUGUUUAUCUUUGUUUAGGGUGUUAAUUCUGAGUGGUGGAACGAACACAGAGGCCACAGAUCAGGAACACAAUUAGAAAUGCCCAUAGUGCUUUUGUGAUAAAGAAGUUCACUAACACUAUCAUUCAGUACAUACUUAUGUUACUUUGAAAAAUAACAAAUUUGCUUUUAAUGUUAUACAUUUGUAUAUUUUGACUUCAAAUUAAACUGAUUUCUAGAUAAGCUUUCAAUAAAAUGUUUACCUAAAAUAGUAAA